ACUCUUUUUCAAUUAUACUUUCCCCUCAUUUUCCAAUUUUACCCCUUUCCAAACCCUUUACUUUUUUUACAGUCUCUUUCUCUUGCUUUGAAACCGUUGAAACGAAGAAAGGAACCCAAGGAGAGAGCCCAAGGAGAGACCAUACAGCUGUGCCCUUGCGGAUCAGGCGCGACUCAACUCGUCCGUGUCAACUCAUGGCCUCGGCUAUCUCCGAGCGAGUUGAGCUGGCCAAGCUCUGCAGCUCUCGGGACUGGUCCAAGGCCAUCCGAGUCCUCGACUCGCUUCUCUCCCAGUCUUGCGCCAUCCAAGACAUCUGCAAUAGAGCCUUCUGUUACAGCCAAUUGGAACUCCACAAGCAUGUGAUCAAGGACUGUGACAAGGCGCUUCAGCUCGACCCCAAGCUUCUUCAAGCUUACAUCCUCAAAGGUUGUGCAUUUUCUGCUUUGGGAAGGAAAGAGGAUGCUCUUUUGGUUUGGGAGAAAGGGUAUGAACAUGCUGUGCGUCAGACUGCAGAUCUGAAGCAAUUGUUAGAACUGGAAGAGCUUGUAAGGAUUGCAAAACAAGAAAGAAGUACUACACCUGAAAACAAUGUGAUGGAGUCUAGGUCAUCUAUGUCUUUAUCUGGCUCAGGACCUCAUACUAAUGGUAAAUCAAGUGAAACUUAUAGUAAGAAUAAAUUGGUUGAUGAAUCUAAAUUAUGCAGCGAGUCAAAGGAUAAAUCUGAGAUCCAUAGCAAGUCUAGCGAUAAUCUUGACCUGUGCAAUGGAUUUAGUGAUAAAGCCCAGGAGAACACAAAUUUUGAGAGCCAAAUGAAUGGGAAUCAGGAUAUUGUCGAUAAAUUGAGUUAUGAGUCUGAUUCGUGUAGUGACUUAAGUGAUACGUCUGAGCCAUGCAGUAAAUUAUCUAUGAUUUGCGACAGCUCAAGCAAUACAACUGAAACUCACAGCAAGUUGAGUGACAAAUCUGACAUACAUAAUGAAAUAACUGAGGAAGCCAAGAGAAAUAAAAAGUUCUGUGUUGCUAGGAUUUCAAAGACCAAGUCAAUAAGUGUAGAUUUUCGACUAUCAAGGGGUAUAGCACAGGUUAAUGAAGGGAAAUAUGCUUCUGCAAUUUCAAUCUUUGACCAGAUACUGAAGGAGGACCCUACUUAUCCUGAGGCAUUAAUCGGAAGAGGAACAGCAAAUGCAUUCCUACGAGAACUAGAAGCCGCAAUUGAUGAUUUUACAAAGGCUAUACAAUCAAAUCCAUUAGCUGGCGAGGCAUGGAAGCGGAGAGGGCAAGCUCGAGCUGCAUUAGGGGAAUCUGCUGAGGCUAUUGAAGACUUGACCAAAGCAUUAGAGUUUGAACCAAACUCAGCAGAUAUCUUACAUGAAAGGGGAAUUGUUAGUUUUAAGUUUAAGGAUUUCUAUGCUGCUGUCGAUGACCUAUCUGAAUGUGUGAAGCUCGACAAGAAUAAUACUUCUGCAUACACAUAUUUGGGUUUGGCAUUAUCAUCAAUUGGUGAAUAUGGCAAGGCUAAGGAGGCACAUAUGAAAUCAAUUGAACUGGAUCGUAAUUUCCUUGAGGCGUGGGCUCAUCUAACCCAGCUCUAUCAAGAUUUGGCAAAACCAACAAAGGCUUUGGAAUGCCUUCAGGAAGUUCUACAAAUCGACGAAAGGUUUGCCAGAGCCUAUCAUUUGCGUGGGCUACUGCUCCACGGUAUGGGAGAGCACAGGAAGGCAAUCAAAGAUUUAUCAGCUGGGUUGAGCAUUGAGAAUGAUAACAUUGAGUGUUUGUAUUUACGAGCUUCCUGUUACCACGCAAUUGGAGAAUAUAGAGAGGCGGUCAAAGACUAUGAUGCUGCGCUAGAUUUGGAAUUAGACUCGAUGGAGAAAUUUGUGCUUCAAUGCCUGGCCUUUUAUCAGAAAGAGAUUGCUUUGUAUACAGCCUCUAAAAUCAACAGUGAGUUUUGCUGGUUUGACAUUGAUGGAGAUAUUGAUCCACUCUUUAAGGAGUACUGGUGCAAAAGGUUGCACCCCAAGAAUGUAUGUGAAAAGGUUUUCAGGCAGCCUCCCCUGCGUGAAUCAUUGAAGAAGAGUAAGCUGAGAAAGCAAGAUUUUGCUGUUACAAAACAGAAGGCUGCUCUUCUACAGGUUGCUGAUUCCAUUGGUGGGAAAAUCCAAUAUCAUUGUCCUGGCUUCUUACCGAAUAGGCGUCAGCAUCGCAUGGCAGGAUUGGCAGCUAUUGAAAUUGCACAGAAGGUUUCAAAAGCUUGGCGGUCCUUGCAAGUGGAAUGGAAACAUUCUAAUAAAAAUACAUCAAAGAAUGGUAAGAGAGCCCGGAGAAGGGAAAGAAUUAAUAUGGCCAGCCAGAAUAGAGGUGGUGCUGGUUGUAGUACAAGCAGUUUCUCAGAGCCAUCGACUUCAUAUGGGAUUACAGAAGAAAGAUCAUUUGGCCGUUCUAUGAUGAAAUGGCAAGAUGUUUACUCUUUGGCUGUCAAAUGGAGACAGGUUUCUGAACCUUGUGACCCAGUUGUGUGGAUUAACAAAUUAAGUGAAGAGUUCAAUGCUGGAUUUGGCUCUCACACUCCAAUGAUUCUUGGACAGGCGAAAGUCGUUCGCUACUUCCCAAAUUAUAAAAGAACGUUAAAUGUUGCGAAGACUAUCAUAAGGGAGAAAUUGUCUGUGUACAGCAAGGCAGAUGAAGUUAUUGAUAUAUCUGAAGAUGGGAAACUGAAAUAUAUUGAAGAUGCAGAAUCCUGCUCUGAUCUUUACAGAGUCGUCGGUGAGGACUUCUGGUUGGCUACUUGGUGUAACAGUACUGCCAUUGAGGGGAAGCGGCUCGAAGGGACGAGGAUUACCCUAAUAAAAAUGGGAGAAGACAGAUUCGACUUUGCAAUCAGAACACCCUGUACGCCUUCUAGAUGGGAUGAAUUUGAUGCAGAAAUGACAGCAGCAUGGGAAGCUAUACGCAAUGCUUAUUGUGGUGAGAACUAUGGAUCUACUGACUCCAGUGUACUUGAAAAUGUGAGAGAUGCAAUCUUAAGGAUGACAUAUUACUGGUACAAUUUUAUGCCGCUGUCAAGGGGUUCUGCUGUUGUUGGGUUUGUUGUUAUGCUUGGAUUACUUCUUGCGGCUAACAUGGAGUUUACGGGAAACAUACCACUAGAGUUACAGGUGGAUUGGGAAGCCAUUCUAAGCUUUGAUCCAAACACCUUUGUGGAAUCUGUGAAGAGUUGGUUGUAUCCAUCUCUUAAGGUAACAACUUCCUGGAAAGAUCUCCCAGAUGUGACAUCUACUUUUGUAACAACGGGAGCAGUUGUGGCUGCUUUGAGCUCCUAUGAUGAUUGAACUGCUUUAAAUCUUGAAGAGCUCAGUUAUGGCGAUGCUAGAGUAAAACAUGUAGUAAUCUCAUCUUUGUGGGCGAAUUGAUGCAGCAAAACAUUGCAAUUUGCAAGGAAAAAGCUUUGUAACUGUAGGCAGUGUUUCUUGGCGCGGAUGAUUGUACUAACUUGGACCUGUGGAGGAUGGUAAAUUUUAGGCGAGAAAUCUUCAAAAUCCGCACCGGCUAGUGCAUUGUGAAAAUUGCAUGUUGUACAUUAAUGUAAGGUACCAUUCUGGGAUAAUAAAAUAGCAAGA